GUGAGACUACUGUAUCACUGAAUUCUUCAUUACCAGCAGAUACAUUAUCUCACGGCAAUCAUGAUAAUGAUGAAACUCUGGACCCUCCUUCUUGCCUAUGCGCUAAUCAUUUGUCAGAUGUACGUCUCACAGGCAGCUCCAUCCAGAACUAGUAAGGAGUUAAUGUCAGAUGGAGUCACACUAUCGAAUGAUGAUGCCCAGAAGUUACUCCGAGCUAUCAAGGAAUUCUUGCAAAUAACUUCAGAUGACCAAGAUCACCAAUCACCUGACGGAAACAGUAAUGUAACAGCACAGAAACGGGGAUGCAACACGUCCACCUGUGUGACCCACCGCUUGGCUGACUUCCUGAGUCGGACAGGAGGACUGGGACACAGCAACUUUGUUCCCACCAACGUGGGGUCCAAGGCGUUUGGCAGACGAAAGCGGCUCGGCCCUGUGUGAGCACAAGAGCAGACACAUGGACGAAGUGCCUGCUUUGAGGGAGCAACAACUGCAUCAUCAUCUACCUGCAAACACUUGGAAAAAACGUACAGUACUCUACAUAAAACAUAGACUGAUCUCUUGCUUUCAGAAAGUUAUAGUCAGUAAUGAUAAUUUGUUGUCUGUGCUUAAAAAACGGAGAAAAAGCAUAACCUAAAUGUUGUUGAGAAGAUUUGUUUUUUGCCAAGAAGGACGACAAUAUUUUUUUCCUUGUCUUGGCUUUGGCUCAACUGGUCGUCGGAUCUGUAUCUGAAGUACGGUGUUUCAAACUGAAUGUCUUCAUUAUUGUACAUAACGCUAUAGGGAAAAAUUUACUUAUGAUUCUAAAUAUUGUAAUAAUUGUGAAAUGGAAGCAGGAAUAAAUUGUAUUUUAGCUAUAUUAUUCUUUCAUGGCUUACUGUGUUUUUGUUUGAUUUAGUGAUUAAAGGUGUUUAACGUAAUGCUGUGAACAUCAUUUCAAAAAAGUUCAUACAACAUGUACAAA